AGCCCCCUGUUCGCCUUGCCCAUUUUUUAGAGUCGUCUAUCAGUAUGUGCAGCUGGUCAGCGGAGUGAAUGUUACGUAUAGAAACGAGGGUCGAACGGGAGUGAAAACGAGGCUGAGUGAUAAAGCAAGGACGUCACGAAAGGCAGAGGUCGACGUGUUCCUUGAAGAUCUGCGAUUGCAAGCCGGGUUUCUUAGAGCUUCUGCAAUGGCUGACACUGUUCUGAACAGCAUGUCGUCCAAUUAUUUGACACUCGGUGGUGCCACACUUCUGUUUAUUUUCCUCGUUGUGUUAUUUUUGUACUGGUAUGGAACUUGUGGAUUCUCCGUCUUGAAGAAAAUGAACGUGCCCGGUCCAGUACCCCAACCCUUUGUUGGUAAUAUUCCAGAGCUAAAGAAGUACCAGGGCAUUCACUUGAUGAUGCUUGACUACACCAGAAUAUAUGGCAAGGUAUUUGCCAUUUCCUUGGGUAGGAAACCCUCAAUUGUUAUCGCAGACCCAGAAGUGCUAAAGCAAAUCCUGGUAAAGGAUUUUUCUAAUUUUCGUAAUCACCACAUUCCUGGGAAACCGCCAGCUCGGUUCAGGCGGAGCAUAUUUGCCGCACGCGAUGACUAUUGGAAGAGAAUCCGCAACAUGUUGACUCCCACGUUCAGCGCGGGAAAGAUGAAGUUUAUGGUGCCAUUGAUUGAGAAGUCGUGCGAUGUUUUGUUGGAAAAAAUUGAGACAAUUGCCAAUACUGGUGAGAGCAUGCAUAGUUCUUGAAUUUAGAGAGAGUCAGUUAAUUUUAGAAACGGUCUUUGAAAAGUCCUCGAAUUCUUGAACAACCCUUGAGUUUUAGC